UUUUGUUUUUAUCAUGGAGUAGUUUGUCUGUGCUUAAUUUCAGAGUUUUUAUGCCGUCCAAUUACUUCCUUAUAUGCUAACCACCAGCAGGAGCAGAAAUCAGCCUAGGGCUGGUAGAUUUUUUCUCCUUUCAGGAAUGGAUUUUUCAGCUUCAGGAAAGAAGCCUCAGGUGCUUGUAAAAGUAGUGAUGGCAGCUUUGUUCAUAGUCGUCUCUAUAUUCAUUCUCAAACAGUCUACUGACUUUAGCGGCACUAGCGCG